AACGCGAAUGAUUGGUUUCGUUUUGUUUCCUCCCGGUGUGUCACGGUUUGCUAAAAGACUCUAAUUCAAAAAAAAAACUGAAUCAAGUGUUGAUGUGAAAAAAAAAUCUUUCGAAUAAGCUGGGCAAAUUGUUCCGCAGAGAUUGAACAAAAGUUGGAAGUGAUUUGAAGUUUUAGUUGAAAUGCAAUUUGUUGUUUGAAUCGGGUUUCGAAAUGUUCAAAUCAGUUACACUAAAGUGAUGAAAAUUGUGUUUAAAUCUAAUUCAAAUUAUAUCGAAUCGGGCAGUGGAUCAACUGUAAUCAACUGGUAAAAUAAAAAGUAACAUUCUAUCAUUAAGUGAAUAACUGAAUGGUUAUUAAAAACACACAAACAACUCCUUAAAAUGACAUUGAAUCGACUGAAACACGAACAAUUCGUUCGAUUGUGCAAAACACUUUUCGACCACCAUUUCAACGUAAAAUUCCUCCGAACAAUCGGAAUGAAACAGCUCCGCACAAUACCCUAAGCGGAUCUCGUGUCCUCAGCACAGCAUGCUGUUUGAAGCCGUCCAGAAUGGUGACCUAGAGAAGGUAACCGCCCUGCUGGACAGCAGCGGUGCCGAUGUCAACGAGCGGGACGACAAGUUCUUCAACACCGCCCUGCACCGGUCCAUCUUCGCCCAGCGUAAUCGAAUUGAACUGAUCGAUCUGCUGAUUUCGCGUGGAGUCGACUGCAAUGCCCUCAACAAGAAGUAUCUCACGGCUUCGGAGCUGGCGCUGGAGAAGAAGUUGGACGAACUGGCCAAGCAUAUGAUUCUGCGCGAAACCGAACGCAUCGACAACCAUUUGGCUUACUAUCUCCUGAUUCGGCGCGGCAAUCUGCAGCUGUUCGAGUUUCUCAUCUCCAUCAAGCGGCUCAAGUAUGAGGAUGAGAUUCUGAUCAUCGCCAAGGCGUACGCCGAACUGAAGCUGAAGAAUGUCCCGCUGAAGGAGCACAUGGAGGCGUACCUGAACGAGAUCCUGAUCAACCAUGACUAUUGGUUGAUCAACAGUGGUAGCGGUAAGCAGCGGAAGGAUCGCGUGCAGAAUAUUCAUCGGAUUCGGGAAAUUGUGGAUAACGUACGGGAGCUGUUCGCGUCGUAUGAUAACUACAAUUUGAUGGACGUGGAUAGCAUUUUUCUGCUAAGGCUGUCCUACAUACUGGAGAAUAUUUUCUUCAUCCGGAAUCAGUAUAAGGAGCUGCCGCUGCAUCACGUGGAGUUCUGCAUCGGAAUCUUCCUACACAUAUGGAAAAACCCUCCGCACUAUGACAUCUACCGGACGAUGAUUGACAAACGGCAACUGCUAGUCUACCUGCAAGCGAUAGCCAACGAGUUAAGAAAGAUAAUCGCUCUACCUUGCUACAACAAUCUGACACCUUCACCGAGUCCACCGUCUUCAGCUUUGGACUCAUACUCCACAACGACAGCUCCCUCGCCCAUUGAAACCGUCCAUCUAACACCAUCGAAAGCGCGCACACGGUUCCGAUGGUCAACGGAGCUGAACCGGGAGCUAAUAUUCUGCUACUACGUGGUCACAAGCGGUGGUCAAAACCUGAUUGGAUAUCGCCAACGGUUCCACGACCUUUGGUGCAAACGUCAAGUGGCGUACGAAUACCUCACCGAGCAGCAACUUUUUAGUCAACUAAGACGGAUACAGCGAGACCAUCUUCUAUCGGAUGACAUCUGUCGUAAGAUACGCUCCGAAGCGAGUGAGUACGAGUUUGAUUAUCACUGUUCACAGACACGUCCUCUGAAAAUCUCCGAUAAAAACAGGAAAGUAUUUAAGAAGCUUGCGAAAAACUACAGUCGAAUGAAAGAGCUUCACUCGAUUAACCGUGCUCUGGGCUAUUUGAACUCAGUUAUCGACAUGAAGUUCAACGCUAGCAGGGAAAUUGACGUGUUAGCCAUUAAGAGAGUCAUUCAGGUGUUAGGUGAAACAUUCAGAAAUUGCAACGACACUCCUCACUUAGGUAGACAUUUAAGCAGCUUCUUGAGCAUUUUGGUUCAAAAAUACCUUCUCGAUGACACAACAAUUCGUCACCACUUGCUGCACUGUAGUAAGGAUUUCGCAUCAUUUGGUAGUGUGAGUAAUGACAGGGUGAACUACGCAGAAUUGCACGAAAAUCUUAAGAUCAUAAGAAAUUUAUUGUUGUACGUACAAAACCUAGAAUACAUCCUAGCAAUAAAGACGCUCAUGAAUCGUUUGUACGACACUAAAUGCAUUGAAGAGGUGAAGUCCUACUAUGCUUAUCUAUUUCGUAACAAUGCUAGGGAUUUUUGGAAGGAUCUCGAGUUUUCACCAUUUCUUCUGUUGGAGGUCAACUCUUUUGUAGACUCAUUGCUUGAAUUGCAAUGCAAGGCCCGAUUGAAACCGAAUAAUCGCAUCCAGCAGAUAAAGAAUCGUGUCAAGGAAGAGAUCGAUAACUACAAUACGCUACACAAACAAUUCAGCAAUACGAUUCUCAUGAUUGAUUGUAUUGUGUCCAAGAUCAAAUCUAAUCAUAGUCAUGAUAAAAUUCGUCAUCUGACUCGAUCUCACUUACGAUCAUUUCGAUUGGAUCGCACCGUAGAUCAAUGCUUUCUAAAUCAAAUAAAGUCGCAGCUAUUGCUUUACCUCCAUGAUGAUCUCAAGUUGAUUAACGACGAUACGGCUAAAUCACAAUCCAUGCUUUUAAUAGCAAGGAGUAUCUUCGCUAUCGAUCAUCACGAAGUGAAAAGUGAGUCGACUCAAACAGAGCUACUGAAAUUUUUCGAAACAUUGUCCACAGACAACUAUUCGAUUUUAAUUGAUCACUUAGAAACAAGAACCGCACGAUCGUUUAGUUUCCUACGACAUGAUGCUUUGCUUCAGAAAUCAAAAGACAACCAGCACGAUCUGUUGCGUCAAUGUUUAGUCAAACACGGUAUUCAGCUGGAUUCAUCAAUAUUGAACGAGCUCCGGGAAGAAGAAAAUCGGAUAGCAGAAGAAAAAAUCAAGCGAUUACAAAACCUAUUCCUGGACCAAAACAUGAACUUACGGGUACUUGAACGAGUUGACGAGAUCGCAUUUGAAAUGGUCAUGUUGGAAGCUACAUGGGCACUGUCUCACAAACUUCAGAACAAUAGCGAGAGUCUGUCAAGCUACGUUCCUGUUCUGUCAGGUCGUAACUUAAGGAACUACCUUUCGCACGGGAAUAUUACCUACGAAAUACUCGUACCCAACGUCAGCUUCAAAACCAUUUUGCAAAAUACCCUCAGCAUAAUAAAAUUGUCCAACAACAUCAUCUCCGAGAUCUACGAUCGCCAUAACUGGGAUUUCCACGAUCGAUUAAAAUGCCUAAAACACCAAUCCAGCGUUUUCGACAGCUUAAGGUUUCAACACUCCUCCCAAAUAUGCGACACAAUCAACCGUGAUCAGUAUCUGAUAGGAAAGAAUCACCUCAAUCACGGGAUCGUCGACCACUUGGUACAAACGCAAAGCUGUCUCCUGCUGGGACAUCUUCUAGAUCUGGAGAAUGCGCACGAAUUACUAAAAACUCUUUGCUAUCAAAUGAACGAGAUCAACGUUUUUCCCGUAAGCGGCAAACUACACGAGCUGAUCGUUGACCCUCUUGCUCGAAUAAGAUUUUGCUACAGUCUCGCACUGUUGAGCAAUGAAGAGGACAUUCUGUUGAAAAUAGUGAACGACUUUGGCUACGAUCACAUCGAUGCCAUCCCAAUGAUUUUCAACUUCGACAAACUGUUCAUCAGCCUACUCGAGAAUCAUCCAGACUACGACAUCAAUCAAGACUCCAACGUUGAGAUCCUCCAUUACGCAGUCCUUUCUGGCAAUGUCGAGCUUUUGAAUUUGCUGUUGGAUCAGUGCAAUGAUCUGAAUCAGCGAGAUAUGUACAACCUCACUCCACUGGAUGUGGCUUGCAAGCUAAGUAACCUGGAAAUGAUCAAAACACUGACCAAUGCCGGCGCUAGAUGGUACACCAACAACUUUAGUCAAUAUACGUGGUUGUUUUUGAAUAACGAUCACGAAGCGAUAAUUUUUCUGAAAAACAACGAUCUUCUGAACGAGAAGAUCACUCAAGAAUGCAUCAAUCUGUUUCUACAGUACUGCGAUGACGAUAAAGAAGAAAUAGUAGAAUUCAUGUUGAACUGCGUCGAUUUCGCUGGUCUUUAUGCAACAGCAGCCAAACACAAGCGGGUUAACGUGCUGAACUUCAUGAUCGCCAAUGAUCAACGGAUUAAGAGCAACAUCAACAAGAAGGACGGUAGGGGACAAGCAGCAAUUCACAUCUGCUGCACAAGUGGCUAUCGAGAAGUAUUGCAGCUUCUUCUAGCUCACAACGGUAACGUCAAUUUACAGGAUUCGGCAGGUAAUACUCCGCUGCAUCUAGCUGUUAAGCGAUGCAGUGUGGGUAUCGUAAAAUUGUUGCUGGAUCACAACGCAAAAAUUGAUUCGGAGAAUCAUAUGACCAAAACACCAUUAGAUUUAGCCAUACAGCUAGAAAAUAUCCGCAUCGUUAAGCUCCUGCUUAAACAAAAGCAGUUUGAUCGAAUUGUUCAGAUACCGAAUUCUCUCAAAUCACUCGACAUUCUAUACCUGUUGAAAUCUUCAAACGUUCAGUACAAAUUAGAGACGGAUUCGAACAGUAACUCACUAACUGCACUGCAUUGUGCAAAGGAUGAGAGACGAGUGCGAAUUCUAUCGCGUUUAUUCGAUGUAGACAUACGAUGUUCCCGAUUUCAAGAUACGCCACUGCACAUAGCAUGUUUGAUGAAUAGUACCAAGAUAGUUCGCGUCCUACUACAGAACGGAGCGAAUACGAGCCUUACGAAUUGUGAUAACAUCACGCCGCUCCAUCUAGCAGUAGUCAACCACAACAUUGAAAUAGUAAAACUGUUGACUCACGCUCGGCCACUGGAUCCGUAUCAAGUGAACUCCGCAUUAUCAAUUGCAGUUCAGAGAGGUUUCCUGGACGUCGCUAACAUACUGUUGGAAUGUGGCGCAAAUAUUUCUGUGAUAUCACCCGUAGUGAAAAAUUCGGAGCAGAACCUGCUGCACGCAGCUGCAAAGCAAAGCUUGCACAUCAUUCUACGCUAUCUCUUGCAAGAACGAUUCUUCGACGUUAACUUUGUUGACUCCAGUGGGUUAACUCCUCUGUUCUGUGCUGUGAUCAAUGCAGAUAUCGAAACAAUAGAAGUGCUCGUGCAGAGUGGAGCUAAUGUUAAUCAUACGAUGAAAUUCGGUCAAAAUAUUCUUACCAUUGCUACUAUGUAUGACCGCUUUGACGUAGUGCGGUAUUUUGUUAACAACUUCCCGGAUAUAAUCACCCACGUCUUAGCUGUAUCAACGCAUCAGAAUACCUGCCUUCACAUUGCUGUCCUCAAGGGAUCUCAGGAGAUGGUGAAAUAUUUUGUAAAACUUCACGUAGAUCAUGGCUAUCACAUGAACGGACAAAACCAGGACGGUUUUACGGCGCUUCACAUUUGCGCACAGACCGGAAAUGAACGGCUUUUCAGGAUACUUCUCGAUAGUGGAGCUGACCCGAGGAUCCCUCUAGGGAACGGCCAAUCGAUCCUGCAUACAGCCGUUUCGAACAAAAACUUGAACGUCGUUCGAAUCGUGUUGGAGCGGUCGUUGAUCGACCGAAAUGCGCUGGAUGAGGACGGCCGAACCAUUUUGCAUUAUUCCGUCUUUUCAAGGGACGUGUCGGUAGUGAAGGAAAUUCUCAAGCUUCGCGGGUUGAUCUUGGAUGUACAGGACAAGGCAGGGCAUAGCGCACUACAUUUGGCAGCCGAACUCCAGUAUGUCGACAUCUACAAUUGUUUGCAGAAACGAGUGGACAAUGAGCUGAGAAGCUUCGGUGGCCGGAAACGUGCAAUUGACGUCCUACUGAGGAAGUAAGAUGCAUGUAGAAGUCUUUACGACGGUAUUUUGUACAGAAAUCCCAUGUCUUCGGAACAAUUGUUGUGUUUAAAUUUUUUUAUGGAAAAUCUAUAGAGCUGCACUUGCAAUGGAAGAUGUUGUGUGAAUACGUGUAAAAUAAUAAAGUUAUUAAUGUAAUGUAACAAUUGUCCUAUAUUGUAGUACAUUAUUAGAUAAAGUCGUGUAUGAUUGCAGGUGGAGUCAGAAGAGCUUCCAUGUCACACAUCUUUCUCGUGUAAUAUCUCAGCUAUCUUAGCUAUUUUCGUAAAAGUAAGUGCCGUUCACAACUUUGUGUACACAAUCCAGUUGCAAACCAGAUUAGUCUAGCAAGAUUGUAUUUUUUCCCGAUAAAUGAAAAAAGCGCACCUCUUUCGGAGUCAGAUUCAAUGCACAGAUCGUGGGAAAAAUCUGAUUUCGGUUUCGGUUUUUUACUUGAGUGAGUGUAUGAACAAUAGAGCGUGUUGUAUACGCCGUUAAAAUUUUAACGUUCAAGUUCAUGCCGUAAAACGUGAUCGUGUGACUUCGAUUACAGACAAAUAAUUAGGACAUUGUAGCUUAAAUUUCUUUGUUUUGGAUGUGCAUAAUAAAUGAAAAAAUGUGUUUUAGCACACACGAAGCUUUACAAAGUUAAAUAAUUAUUAUUUCUGAUCAAUCUAAAGAGGUUUUCCCUAUUGUGCAUUCAAUUCUUAAGAGCUCAUUUGUUUCUCUUAUUUUAUCAUUUUGUAAUGUAAAUACCUACUUCAAUAUUAUAAAACCACAUACGAGAUCAAUUUUCUAAUUAGAGAUAUUACUAGAGAUUGAAUAAGCAGCUCAACUGUCAUCACUGCUCAAAACGAACAAUUGUAAAUUGACCAAUCAUUGAAUAAAUUCAACGUUCAAUAACUGUCACAAAUAGCUAACCCCGAAACACACAUCGAUGUCGUGUAAAAAAAACUUCGUAUAGAUCCCCUCUCAACAAGCUGCUGCAAUUGAUCGCAAAAUAGCGGUCCUUCAAAAUCGGGAAGGAGCAACAUCUGUCACUUGAUACGGCGCAAUAGUUUUUAAGACAUAAACAAUAGAACAUUUAUAUACGUCAAAUAUAUAAAUACAACCGGAUACAAUUAUUAAACUGCAACCAAAUCAAUUUUACAACAGGCUUACACAAAUCUACUGGAAAAUCGUGCAACACUCAGAUUUUUGUCAUUUUUAAUUUCAAAAUCUAUUACAAAUAAACAAUAUAACUCAAAGACGGGUCUGUGAGAAUCGUAACUCAAAGACCCAUCUUUAUUACAGUAAAAUGAACUACAUCUAUAAGUUAUCUUAUCAAACAGCAUUUUUGUUACACAAACUGCAAUAACCAAAUAUAUAUAAUCGAUGGAGUUAUAUAUAUCCACCACAUAAUACAACCACAAUAUCAAAAAUAUUGAGUGACAGAUAUUGCCUUAAGUCCCCGUCUUCAAACAUAAAACACAAUAGAAAUGUGGAAACAGUAAUCAUCAUUUUUUGCUCCAAGAAAAUCGUCGCGAGCAUGAUAUGCCGGAAUAGAACAACCUCACUCUUAACCGAGAAAAUCGUCAAACUUAUGUCAUAUUACAAAAAACUAGUCAAUCAAAUCAAAUAACCUGUAACUCUAUAAGGAUAGUUUUACUGAAUUGUGGCAUCAAACGCAUUUUUGGUGGCAAUUUAUAGUACCAGAAAAUGAUAUCUUGUCCAAACCUUGGGUUUCUGGAUUCAAUCAGAAAACACAUGCUUAAAUUGCCAUUAAACUUGAACAUCAAAAAUAAUCAUGCAUUAUUUCGAAACCACAACUUACUAAACAUAUUCUACAGAAAAAUCGCAAUUUUUAACUCAACAUUGUAAUGCUGAAGCAAAAUAAGGUGAAACAACAUAUUGAUUAUGUGUUGUACUGCAUAAAAGAGAAUGGUGAACGGAGGUACACCAGAGAAACAAAUUCCAAAGUCAUAUUCUUGUUAUAUAAAUUUUCGUUACGAACAUAUAUUUGUGUAUUGUGUAUUAUGCAGACCUAGCAUCGCUACGACGAGAACCAAAAUUAAACAUAAAAGAAUACAUCAAGACAUCGACAUUAUCCCACUUUUAUGGAGAAAAUUUUAGACAACAUUAAACGCUAAGCGACCAACAAAUUCAAAAUUUUAGAAUUAAAAUUAAAAAAAAAAACAAAGAAUAGCGAAAAAUAGAAUCGAAUGUCAUGUUUUAAUAAAUAAAAUGUAAGUUUUCGUUUUCAUUAACCAAUGAUUCAGAUUAAUAAAACAAUAAUUUGUGA